ACCUGUGCGCGUCACGUUUUCGAAUUAAACCUUCGUGUUGGUUAUACGCCAAUGAAAAAACUUAUAUUGAUGGUGGUGGUAUUUUUGUUGGUUUGUAAAAGAAACCUAGUGCCUCUCGACGUGAAAAGCUUCUGUUAACUGAGAAUUAUAAUACAUUUAUUAGAUAAUCUUGACUUUGUUCAAUCUAAAGCGCAGAGUUCGCGCCAAACAUUGCUGAUCGGCAGAGCAGCAUCAUCAUAAAGACUUGAACCGCCAUAUCCAUUUGUGGUCGUAUAAGCCAAGUAGAAUCACUUUGCAACAUUGAUAUUGAAUCCUAUUUGGAUGUAAUUAAACGCUCCCACUCCGCCGUUUUAAUUUGGAAAGCUUUACCAACCAAACGAACCCCGACCUUCCAAUUUCUGGCUUGUCUGUAGCAAUUACUGCGCCAUUACGAAACGAAGGAUUAAAACGCGAAUCAAGUCUGAAUUGACAUUCUACCGUAAAAAGCAUCCGUCGACGGCAGAGCGGGAUUUGUUCCCAGAUUAUAAGGACACUUGUGGCGCUGGCAGUGGAUUAGGAGACGUCCGCGUGCAGUAGACAAAAACAUCGCGGAUUACCUACCGAUUUUAAUAUGAUCCGUCAACCUUGUUGCAAACCUCACGGAUUCAUUAAAAGAGCUUUUAACAUAUUCACACUGUUAGUGGAAAAAUAGACAAAUUGAGAAGCAUUUUUUGACUAUUGAGCGAGAGACAAAACCGUUGUUUUACAUAGCGCUUCAUCGGAAACGUGUUCAACCCACUUCGCUCGGUUCAUCGACGACGUUGCGACUACCUCCGACGCCUUUGAUCACGCCUUGCCGACAUCAUGGCUCAAAUCAAGCAAGACUUGAUGUUAUUUCUCGUCUUGAUGUGUAUGAUGCACUGCAGUCAGGUUUCGGCUAACACGUGCGUCACAUUCCCUAACGACACGAGUUCGUGCAGCAACCUCUUGCUGGAGUGCGCCGACUUCAUUGUGACCGAACCACAGAUCACCUACGACGCCUUCGAGAUGGCCACAAACAACCGAACGCCUUCGACUCACGUCUACGCAUCUUGUCGUGUCGGAGAGGUCUGCGGUGGAACGGAGGUGCCUGAGUGUGACAUCAUUGAGAAUGUUCUGACGGAGCUCGAACCCAGUCUCUGUCCUGGAAUGUGUUAUUACGUCAUCAUUCCGCAUAACCCCUGUGGGAAUGCCCAGUACAUCUCGACCGUCUUCAUGAUGCAGGUACCCGAUGGCAACACGAACAUCGAGGUGAAACGUGUUCAGAGCUCUUUGACCUCUGACGCCAUCGAAGUCAAUUCUCAGUGUGACUACGUCGAGAGCGGUAACGACGUGAUCGAAUCUCAAAGUUGUGAUAUAUUGGUGGAUCAGACAUGUCCCGGCACAAAUGUCGAGACUUUUGAGGCCGAUAAACCCGUUUCCCUUGAGAUCAAGUCCGUAUCAGGCGAGAAGACAGUGACCGUUGCCUUCGCUAAAUCCUUUGGAUACGGAGUGACCGCCCUCACGACUAUCUACGAUCCCUCCACGAGUGACCCUGCCGCGGAGACGGACAACGCUGUUGAAGGCGUCGAUGCUAGUUCCGAUACAAAGCUCGUCAUCAAUUCCAUUGUCCUCGACAUCGUCCUCGUCGACGAGAACGGAGUGCAGGUCGUUCUCAAAGACGGCGAAGAAAUACUCCUGACAUUCGGGUCCGACGAACCGGGAGGAUUCAAGGAGAGAAUUUGCCGGUUUUAUGAUGAAGACCUAUCCAAAUGGUCUGGUGUUGGCUGCUACGUUCAAACUUCCAACGCGAGUGUUGUCACCUGCGCGUGUAACCAUACCACCAGUUUCGCAGUGCUUCUACAGUUUGAGGAUUGUGCGAUUGACGGUGCCAACCUUCAGGUCCAGACUUUAAUGACUCGAUUCUUCAAUGCCAUCUCCAUCGCCGCCCUUUUCCUCUCCGUCAUUAUCUUCAGCUAUCUCAAGUUGUACACCUCUGACCAGGUCAAAGUUCACAUCUGCCUUGCCAUCUCACUUGCCUUGGCCCAACUGGUAAUGCUCUUCAUGGGCAACACCGAGCAUAAGGGUAUCUGUCGAGCCAUAGCUGGUAUCAUGCACUAUUUGUUGACGGCAUACUGCAUCUCCAUGAUCCUUGAAGGGACUCUGCUUCAUCGCAAGGCCUCCCGGACUCACAAGGCCCCAGCCAAGGGUUGGGUGAUCAUACUCUGCGUUUGGGGCAUUCCAUGUGUGAUGGUAGCCGUAUUGAUGGGAAGUGUGAUUGAUGGCUAUGGCGGUGAAUGUGCCUGCUGGUUGAACAUACAAUACGGAACUAUGUAUAUGUGGCUUGCAGAGGUUUGUCUUGUCGUAGUGGUUAACACCGUUCUCCUGUAUCUGAUCAUGCGCACUUUUAUCUCUCUCAAGGCGAACACAAAGAAGAGUGAUACUGACAGACUCAAGGCUACUGCUCGUGCUUUGUUGAUCAUGAUGCCUAUGCUGGGAAUGACUUGGGUGUUCGGUGUGCUGCAGGCUUCGUUCAAAAGUGUCUUUUUGCAGUGGUUGUUCAUCCUAUUCAAUGCAAUGCAGGGACCCAUGUUCUUCGUGUUUCAGUGCGUCAUGCAUCCAGAGGUCCAGAAGGUUAUCGGCCGCAAGCGCAAGACAGGCGACUCGUCCAAGUGGGCCAUGAACUCCUCGACCUCUGGCACAGGUCGAACCGAGUCGACAGACAACAAGGGUCAUUCUCAAUUCACAGAAUCCAAGAUGGGAAAAGGUCUUUAAAAAGGAUGUGUGGAACCGGUCCCCGAAACAAUGACGUCAUCGGGAUAAUUUCUCUCGACGGUUGAGGUAGUUUAUUAAUUCAUAAAAGAUAAUAUUUGUUAAAGAGGGUUUAAAAUGGCAUGUUCAUGCUUUGAUAUUGAUUAAGACAUAGUGAGGUUUUUUUUAUCGGAAUCAUUGAAUAUUUUCGAGCACUACAUCGACUGAAAAUGUUUUCCAUAUUCAGAAAUUAAUUCAAUUAAAGACUCACUUGUGCAAGGGUAAUUAAACGUUUUAAGUAGUACAGAAAAAUAUUAAAUGGGUAAAUAAAUUGAUAAGUCUGAAUUAUUUUUGAAUUGUGUUCUAUUGAUGAAAAUAACACAACAUUAAGAAUGAUACAUUUUGUUUGAUCGUCUCGAACAACUAAAAACGAAUCUAGUCUCUGCCAACUUCAGAAAAUAAUUCAAAUUAUGAAAGCGUAUCAAUUCUCUUUGCUUAGCAUAGUGCCAUUGUAUUGGUUACUAAUUGGUUGGUUGGUUUGUUGGUUUUACCUGAAAGCAUGAGUGUGCCUGUAAGUAAGCAACCAAAGGAACAACAGCGUAAGUCCUGUCCUAGGGACUUGGUAAUGAAUAUUAAAGCCUUACCAAAUGGCACUAGCGCAUCGAUAUGAUUUCGAGCCCGGGUCCUCCCGGUUACGAGCCCACUGCUCUACCACUGAGCGAUCACGCCUCUUUAGGAUACGAUAAAACAUUGUUGUUAAAAUUAAAAUCAGGAUAUUUUACUUAGAAGUUUAAAGAAAAUUGAUACUAAUUCACUUCUUUUAAAGUCAACUUAAUUCAAUAUAAAAAACAAUGAACAAAUGUACAUGAUAUAGAUUUACUGUCAUAAAAAGACGGAGCGGUGGCUGAAUAUCAAAUUUAAGACAAACAUGAUGUCGCACAAAACAUUAGAUAUCAUAUUUAUAUUAUUCAUAUUUGUAAAUAUUUAUGUAAAAUACUAAAGCGUUGAUUUGCUAUCAAUUAUAAGUCAUGGAACUAUUUCGUCCAUUUUAUAGGAUAGGAAGAGAACUGGAUCAAAGUUAAUGUGAGACAAUUUUUCGGAAAAAAUAUUAGAAAUUCGAUUAGUGAGCAUGGUUAUAAGAGCUUUUUAAUACUUUGUUGUUGUUUUUGGAUAUUAUGCUUAUUAGUUUAUUAAUAUCAUUGUAAUAAGCAAUGAAUAUUUAUUUUUAUUUUUUAUUAGUUGUAACGUAUUUUAUUACAUUGCUAUGCUUUAAAAAGUCUUUCAUCUGAUGCCCGUGUGCCAACUAUUCAAUGCCUUUCAAAAAUAAGUCUUUCACUCUGAAUUUUUUCUCAGGUUUUUACAAAGGCGCAAUUUCUGUUACGCAAGAUGUAUUUUCUGUCAUGUAUAUUUUGCAAUUUGUAAUCUAUUCAAAUGACGCAAUUUUCACUUUCUCUUCCAUUAAAUAUGUUUUCGUAAUUUUUGUUGGUUUUUGUAGUUUACAAACAUGACUUACAUGUAUAUCAAGGCAAAUAAUUAUAAUGUCGUGUAAAUAUAAAGGGCAUUUGAAUGAUAUCACCAUUUUAUGACUGAAAAGAUCACAAGAAGUAGUAAGAGUAUCACAUUGUUGAUAGUUUAAAAAUUUGUGUACUUGUUUCCAUAUAUUAUCUCCCCAAUUGGACUUUCAGGCAUGUCUAAUGGUCUUUCAUUAAUUUAAAUAUUUGAUACAUCAAUAUUAUACUAUUUGAAUGUUAGAUUUUAAAUUUUUAAUUUGUAACUAGAGAUGAUAAUAUACAGGCCAUGUGAUAAGGAUUGUUUGUGUAUAUCAAUGUUGUAAAGUUGUUUCAGUGUCUGUUGAAAUAUGGUACGUAGUGUCUGUCCUCAUUUCCCCCAUUUUGUUUAAAGAUUUCAUUAUAUCAAUCAAAUACUACUAUUACAAAACUUCUGACAAAGUCAUUUACAUUUUGAGAUAUUCUUAUAAAUAUUUUGCACUUUAUCUACAUUCAAUGCUAAUAUCAACAACAAAACUUAUCAUAUAUGAUAUUGCGAUAUAUGUUGGGAGAACCAAUACCGUCCGAAAGUGAAGCGCGGUAAAAAACAAUUUUUGUGAAUCUUGGUCACACAUGAACCCUAACGUUUACACGGGACAUUUUUAUAGAGAUUACUUGCAGUCCGCACGCCUUCAUAUAAAUUUUACAAAUUACUGAUCAAUGUAUGCAUCUAUAAUCAUUCUUAUACAUAUGAUUUGUGAUAUAGGAAGCAUUUCAUUCUUAUACAUAUGAUUUGUGAUAUAGGAAGCAUUUCUUUGUGCCUUAUGCGUAGCAUGAAUAUCAUGUAAUUUCGUAUAAUCAUAUACUCGUAUUACUAUCAUAUUUCUCAAGUGUAAACAAUGUGCGUAAUUACUGAUUUUAAUCGAACAAAAAUACUUUCACAUACAUGUUUAUAUUAAAACACAUGUUGUCACGUGAUCCUAGUUUAUAUACUAAAAAUAGGUCAAUAUUUUCUAAUAAGUUUCCUUAAAAUGUGUCCUAUUUUUAGAAAAUUGUCGAUGAAUGUGAAAAUUCGCAAAUGUAAGAUAUUUUUUAAUGACUAUAAGCAAAUAUUGUAAUAUAUUAUUUGAAUUCAAAUUCCGCACCAGAGAGAUGUAUGUAUAUAUAUUAUUGAGGCACAUGUAGAUAAGAACAUUCAUUAAGAUUGAAAAUGCACUUACUAGAAUUACCGUCAUCUCGUUGUGAAUUUCGUAGAUUUAAUUGGUUGAAUAUAACUUUUAAGGAAGGUAUUAUAAUUUAAACUAUAGAUUAUAAUACACUACGUUUAUUGUUCACGAAUCCAUUGCUUAUUGAUGUAAAUCAUGCUUAGGCAAAUUUGAAGCACUAUUAUAUUGUAUCUAAAAAUUGAGUUAAUUGAAACAAAAGAAGCUCAGACUGUCACCUAAUUUCCAUAUCAACUAAUCAAAACAUUCGGGACAUAUUUUACAAUUUUUUAGAAAAAUCAGUAUGCACUCAAAAAGCUUGAGCGUUGAAACACCAUUUACACGGGCCGAGAAGUGGUAACAUUUUCAUAAAGGGUACAUUCACUAUUUUAAAAUGACGGACUCUGUAAAUAUUGAAGGUAAUAUGUUCAAAGGUGGCAAUCUACCAUUUUAAAACAAUUGGCAUUUCCUCGACCGUUUUAAAUGUUGAUUUAACAUGGCUUUUAAGAGUGUUUCAUAGAAUAUCUGUAAUAUCAUGACAAGAAGAACAAAAGCAUGAAAAGAAGGCAAAAUUAUGAGGGGUAUGGGGUAAUUCAGCGCCCUUGUCUCCUUGUCCUAUGUCAUCCGGUUAGGAUUGUCAAUCAAUAUUCUGAUCAUUAAACACCAUCGAAUGGCUACAAUGUCCGUACACAUUUUGUGAUCGCGAACAAAGAAUUAUCUG